UUACUGGGGCUGCACACCGGGGAGGAGGUGGAGCAGGUCCAACAGCAAGUACUUCAGGAGAGCAAAGAGCAUCACGACCUGAUCCAGAGCAACUUUGUGGACUGCUACAAGAAUCUCACCAUUAAGACCAUGGUGAUGCUGGAGUGGCUAACUGCACACUGCUCCAGCCCCUCUUAUGCUAUGAAGAUUGAUUCAGACAUGUUUCUGAAUGUACAUAAUCUUGUCAGUAUGCUCUUGAAUGCUCAAAAAGCAAACUAUAUGACUGGGCUUGUGGCAAGAGGCGCUACAGUACUGCGAAAUCCAAGCUCUAAGUGGUACCUACCUCAUGACAUUUAUGCUCCGCCACAGUACCCCCGCUAUGCUCUGGGCCUGGGCUACAUUUUGUCUUUAGACCUCCCAAAAAAGCUCAUUGAGGCAUCCAGACAUGUUAAAGCAGUUUACAUUGAGGAUGUGUAUUUAGGGUUGUUAAUGCAGCACCUGGGCAUUCCUCCCACUGACCCCCCAAACUGGGGUUACUUCCAUGUAAUUCCUUUGGCAUAUAAUCGAUGUGCCUUCUCCGGGAUAGUAGCCACCACAACUGAUCCACACACUAACCGUGAGCAGAUUUGGAAUGACUUUAAAAAACCAGGCCCAUACUGCUAACCUUAAACUAGAAAAAAUAAAAUAAAAAUGCAACAUGAAACAACAGGGCAGACUUUUCAUGACUCUUUAAAAAAAUAUGUAUUUUUAUAUUCACAUAUAGGCUAUUAUGAUACUCAUGUAAAAUCCCCUAAUCUCAAAUUUUAUUGAAACUGAACUAGUAUUGUUCCACUGUAUAUUUAAACUACACAGUCAGCCGUUUUAUGUAGUUUAUUAUUUAAGGAGUGACAUUUUUUUAUCUGAUCUUUAUCUUUGUUAAUCAAGUUUAAAAACUGUGAAAACAUGCAGUCACACCUGUUCUUAAGACUUUACAAAACAUGAUCCCUGACUGUGUUCUCACGUUACAGUCCUCUCUGUGUUCACAGUUUCUAGGAAAUGGAAGGUACACAUAAAAGAAACACAUAUCCUUAAGCAUAUUGACCUUACAGUGUAUUAA